CAUAUCUACCUCGAGGGCAAGGGGCUAUCCCCGUUACUGUUCCAUAUCGCCAGAGUGUUGCGUCUCCUCUUGCUCCUUCUUCUUCUUGACCAACCAGAUACACACGGAACUCCUGGCUUGUACCUUCCUUCUUCUUCUAGAUGAUGGCCGUUUACGCCGCUUCUUGUUCCUCCAUCCUCUGUUAUGACCACACAACUCAUCCUUGCCAAAACCACUGCCCAACCGUACUCUUCCACUUUCCAAGGAUGUUCGCCUUUCAAAAACACGCCUCUUCCAUCACACGCUCCCACUCAGAUUCAAGAACCUCUACACUUCCUACCACAUCAAUCGAUUCUGUUGACCUCCCACACUCAAUUACUCUCAUUGCUCGGGCAAAUCCUUCGAUCUAGAUCUCGAGCUCGAAGCACUCCCAGACACCGGGACUCCGCGCCCGCUUCAAGAUUUAAACACCACACCCACUGCGUCAUCUUGCCUAUUGGCGAUAAGGAAGGUCCUUCUUCAAGCAGUGUCGCCCGCUCGCCAGUGAGCAGCGUCUCAAAAACGAGAAGCAAAGUCGCUCCUCGCUCCUUCUCUCUGUUCCGGCUGGCUGCUGAGACACCAUCUCCGACCUCCAAGGCUCGGUAUUUCUUACUUCAAAUCUUGAUAACUGGGUAACAGGCCUGCGAAUUGCCUGGGCACCUAAACCCAUUGAAAACCUAACUCUAGGCACUCACUCCAGUUCAAAUGCCUACACUUGGCUCUACACCACGCCAUAUC